AUGGAGUCGGCAUCCGACAAUGGCGGCUCGGAGCAGAGCUCCAGCUCUGCCCAGUCGGUCCUACAGAUGGCCCAGGUGCUUUACCCCGUGGUUCUGCUUCUAACCUUCAUCAUCUCGGCCGGUAUUCACACCAUUGUUACCUCCAAAACCGAGGAAGAGUUAGCCACGCCCACCGUCACGGGUCCCGGUGGGAAACCGCUGCCAAUCACCAAGAGGAGACGAAGACACCAAGCCUCGCAAAUAGACGACGACGCCAACACCAGAGGCUUUGCUUGGUCCGUCUUUUUGUACCUGACGGCCGCGAUUAUUGUGUCAUUUGUCGCCAAUGGCGCGGCUGCCGCUGUCCAUGCCAUGAAAUCGAGCAGAGAUGCGGGUUUCACUCAUGUAUGGUGGUGCGGCGAGCAAAGAAUUGUCUACAUCGUUGGUUCGGCGUUUCUCUAUCUUUAUGUUCUCAUCACCCUCCUCGAAUGGCGUGAAAGCCCGACCCUUGUCCAUGGUAUCUUCUGGGUCCUUGGCUUGGCUGGCGAAACCAUCAUCCUCCUCGCUUCCGCCGUUACAAUUUCCGACGGCGGUUACCUUACGUAUUUGGCCGAUUCCAACUCCGACUCCGAUCUUGAGUUUUGGGACAUUCUCGACCUAGGCAUUGCAGGAAUCCGCGUUUGCAUCCUCAUCAUUUUGGUCAGCUUGUACGGCGCCAUCGCACGGAAACGGCUGGAAGAACGCCGCUUUCUCGACGAAGAGGCCCAGCGGUCGGAUUCCGAUGAGGGCAGCCCCCUGCUGGGCGCGAACAGUGACGACGAAGGCCGAGUCAACGGACACGCGAGGCGAAAUAUCCAAUACGGAAGCACGACAAGAGAUCCCCGACGAGACUCGAACAUCAGGCCGAACGAACAGGGCACGCCGCAACAGGACAACGAGGCCGCCUUCUACCGAUCCGACAAAAUUCCCCACAAGACAUGGUUCGAAUACUGUCGGGGGUAUUCGGUUUUCUUCCCGUACCUCUGGCCCAGCAGAUCGAGCAGGCUCAAGGGCGUCGUUGUGCUCUGCUUCGUCAUCGUCAUCCUACAGCGCGUGGUCAACAUCCUGGUUCCUGCCCAGCUUGGUGUUGUUACCGACAUAUUCGAGAAACGGAACAUCGACAAGGUCUGGUUUGAGCUUGGGCUCUUAAUAUUGUACAAGCUUCUCCAGGGCCCCUCGGGCCUGUUGGGAUCGAUUCGGUCGAUUCUCUGGGUGCCUGUUUCGCAGCAUACCUACCGCGCCUUGACGACAGCUGCCUUCGAGCAUGUUCAUUCCCUCUCGUUGGAUUUCCACCUAGGAAAACGCACCGGCGAGGUUCUUUCGGCACUCAACAAGGGCGCUUCGAUCAACCAGUUUCUUGAGCAAGUCACCUUCCAGGUAGUACCGAUGCUUGUGGAUCUUUUGGUGGCCAUUGUUUACUUCUAUAUUCGCUUCGGUUCGCUCUACGCCCUCUUUGUCUCGAUCAUCACGUUCUACUACCUCUACCUGACCAUUCGCAUGGGCGCUACUCGGGCUGAUCAGCGUCGCGAGAUGGUCAAUGCGGACCGUGAGGAGGAGGCUGUUAAGAACGACUCUAUCAUGUCGUACGAGACGGUCAAGUACUUCAAUGCCGAAAGGAGGGAGUUUGAUCGUUACGGCAACGCUAUCAAGAAGUUCCAGGACGCAGAGGCCAAGGUCACAUACGGUAUCAACCAUAUGAACAUGUGCCAGUCGGUCGUGUUCAUGUGUGGUUUACUGGUUGCGCUACUCACUUGUGGCUACCAGGUGUCGCGUGGCGAUAGGACCGUGGGCGACUUCGUGCUACUCGUCACCUACCUCAACCAGCUACAGGGGCCGCUCAACUUUUUUGGGACCUUCUAUCGUACAGUGCAGUCAGCUAUGAUCUCCGGUGAGAGACUACUCGAACUCUUCAAGAUCCAGCCUACCGUCGUGGACAAGCCCGGUGUUGAGGCCCUCAAAGAGUGCAACGGCCAUAUCAAGUGGAACGAGGUUGGGUUCUCGUACGACAAGCGCAGGACAGCCCUUCAAAAUCUCUCGUUCGAGUGCAAGCCAGGCACCACGACCGCUUUUGUUGGAGAGUCCGGCGGCGGCAAGUCGACUGUGUUCCGCCUGAUGUUUCGGUACUACAACUGUCGCGAGGGAAGUAUCGAAAUCGAUGGCCACGACGUUAAGGAUGUGACGAUCGACUCGGUGCGCGGCUUCAUCGGCGUCGUUCCACAAGACACCAUUCUCUUCAAUGAGUCGUUGAUGUACAACCUGAAAUACGCCAACCCCAGUGCGACCGACGAAGAGGUAUUCGAUGCCUGCCGCGCAGCCGCCAUUCACGACCGUAUCAUGAGUUUCCCAGACGGUUACUCGACGAAGGUGGGAGAACGAGGCCUGCGGCUGAGCGGUGGCGAGAAGCAGCGGGUGGCAAUUGCUCGCACCAUUCUCAAAAAGCCGAAGAUCAUCAUGCUUGACGAAGCAACGUCGGCGCUCGACGGGGAGACCGAACAAAAGAUUCAGUCGAAACUGAUUAGCGGCAAGUUCGGUGAGGAUCGCACGCUGAUGAUUAUUGCCCACCGGCUCUCGACGAUCACCCACGCCGAUCAAAUCAUUGUCCUUCAUGCGGGCACCAUGGUGGAGAAAGGCACCCACCAAGAGCUUCUAGCCCUCAAUGGCCGCUACACGGCUAUGUGGGAGAAGCACUGCCGCGCCGAGCGAGCGGCUGAGCAUGCUCGCGACGCCACUAGGAAGGCGAAGAAGUUAUUGAGCCAAGCAAACCUCGGCAACGACGGCUACAACAGUAUGCUCUCGUCGGCGAUUCUUCCCACGGCCCCCCACAGCCCCGUUACGACCGCCGACGAAGCUCGUGACACCGAUUCGGUUUCCUCCCACACCAGCGACAGCACCUCGAGCGGGUCCGAAAGCACCCUUCAAGACGAUGCGCCGGAGAACGGCGAAGGGGGGCCUAACAAGCCAGCCGAAAGCGCACGGCCACCACUUUACUCAUACCCGUCCGAGUCCUCCGCUGGGCGUUCGACCGAUGCGUCAAUCUCUCCUUGA